CGAUCUUAUGAUAAAACGCUAGAUUUGAAUCUGAUCUUGUGUUCGAAGAAGAAGCUUCCAGCUAAGCUAAAGCUAUGAAGCAACUGAAUCUACCAUUCUCCAAGCGCAACCCUCGCCAAUGGCGUCUCCUCGACAUCAUAACCGCCGCCUUCUUCGCCGUCGUCCUCCUCUUCUUCAUCCUACUUUUCACUCCUCUCGGCGAUUCCAUGGCCGCUUCUGGUCGCCAAACGCUCCUCGUCUCCACGACGUCGGAUCCUAGGCAACGCCAGCGGCUGGUGACUCUCGUUGAGUCCGGUCACCAUUUGCAGCCGAUCGAGUAUUGUCCCGCGGAUGCCGUCGCUCACAUGCCUUGCGAGGAUCCGAGGAGGAACAGCCAGCUUAGCAGAGAGAUGAAUUUCUAUAGGGAGAGACAUUGUCCCUUACCGGAGGAGACUCCUCUCUGCUUGAUCCCUCCGCCUAACGGAUACAAAAUCUCAGUUCCGUGGCCAGAGAGUCUACACAAGAUUUGGCAUGCAAACAUGCCAUAUAAUAAAAUUGCUGACCGGAAAGGUCACCAAGGAUGGAUGAAAAGGGAAGGUGAAUACUUCAUUUUCCCUGGUGGUGGCACCAUGUUUCCUGGCGGAGCAGGCCAAUACAUUGAGAAGCUUUCACAGUAUAUUCCUCUUAACGGUGGAACUCUCAGAACCGCCCUUGACAUGGGAUGCGGGGUUGCAAGUUUUGGAGGUACUCUACUAUCUCAAGGCAUUCUAGCCCUCUCGUUUGCUCCAAGAGAUUCACAUAAAUCGCAGAUUCAGUUCGCUUUGGAAAGAGGAGUGCCUGCGUUUGUUGCCAUGCUUGGCACUCGUAGACUCCCUUUUCCUGCGUCAUCCUUUGACCUCAUGCAUUGUUCCCGAUGCUUGAUUCCCUUUACAGCUUACAAUGCAACUUACUUUGUCGAGGUGGAUAGGUUGCUGCGCCCGGGAGGAUAUCUUGUAAUCUCUGGACCACCUGUGCAAUGGCCCAAACAAGACAAAGAAUGGGCUGAUCUUCAGGCCGUGGCUAGAGCUUUGUGCUAUGAGCUAAUUGCCGUUGAUGGAAACACUGUCAUCUGGAAGAAGCCUGUUGGAGAUUCAUGUGUGUCCAGCCAGAAUGAGUUUGGGCUUGAGUUGUGUGAUGAGUCUGUGCCGCCAAGUGAUGCAUGGUAUUACAAAUUGAAGAAGUGUGUUACUAGGCCAUCGUCUGUCAAAGGAGAAAUUGCUUUGGGAACUAUUCCCAAGUGGCCGGAAAGGCUUACCAAAGUUCCUUCUAGAGCCAUUGUUAUGAAAAACGGGUUGGAUAUGUUUGAAGCAGAUGCGAGGAGGUGGGCAAGACGAGUUGCCUAUUACAGGGAUUCUCUGAACUUGGAGUUGAAACCUCCAUCUGUCCGCAAUGUCAUGGACAUGAACGCAUUCUUCAGAGGAUUUGCUGCAGCCCUUGCAUCGGAGUCUGUGUGGGUUAUGAAUGUCAUCCCAGCUCGGAAGCCAUUAACUCUUGACGUGGUUUAUGACAGAGGUCUCAUCGGUGUUUACCAUGACUGGUGUGAACCCUUUUCAACGUAUCCCCGUACGUAUGAUUUCAUCCACCUAUCAGGAGUUGAAUCACUGAUACAACGAUCAGACUCGAGCAAAUCCAGGUGUAGCCUAGUAGAUCUAAUGGUAGAGAUGGAUAGAAUAUUGCGUCCAGAAGGAAAGGUAUUGAUCCGAGACACUCCUGAGGUGCUAGACAAAGUAGCACGAAUGGCCCAUGCUGUAAGAUGGUCUUUUUCAAUACAUGACAAAGACCCUGAAUCUCACGGAAGAGAGAAGAUCCUUGUUGCAACCAAACCUCUCUGGAGAAUGCCAUCAAACUCGCACUAAAGCCACACAUUGAAAGGAAAAAGUAAAAGAGAGGAAGAAGGUCUUCCCAGUCUUGUAGGUAACAGUCGCUUUCUCUCCAGCCCCCAUCUGUCUGUCCUUAAGACACCAUCCUGAUGAUAUACCUUUUUUGUGUUCGGUGACGUUGCUUCCAGAAUGUAUCGCAAUCGUAUAAUGUCCUGAUAAUGUUAAUUCUUGGUCGCACGUGGUUCUGUCAAUGGUUUUUAUGUGCCGGGUCUACCUUGUGACCUACAUGAGUAAAGUAUGCAUGUGACUCUUUUGUACUGGAGACCAUGUAUAUUAGGUGCACAUCCUCAAUACUUAUUUAUGUAUUGAAUACUGACAGUUCCUAUGAUUCAAUGUUCAGUAAAAGAGAUUCAAUUGUUGUA